GUGACGUCAAUCCGUGACGCAGAUUCGUCCUCCAUCACUAGUCGAGCCCACUGACAACACCACCUCGAAACGAGUCCUGACGAGUCGUGGAAAUAUGUAGUAAGAUCGCACCGUUCAGCAUAUUUCGACAACAGGAGGUUUGGCGUAGCUGAGCAACUGUUACAUGGAAAGUUACCAUGGGCGGCCAUGAUGAUGAAGAUAUGCCAUAUGUCGUGAAUAAACAAAAACAAGAAGAAGAGCUAAAAAACAAGCUGAAUGACAGCAGCCACUGGUGCGACCAGGAAUCCACUGGCAACAAUGCAAAGUGGGUGAAGGAAGGCCGGAACCAGCUGCGGAAAGUAGCCGAGAACCAGCAGGACCAGGACCACAACUGCAAUAUCAGCCAGAAUGGGAACAAGGAAGACUUCCCUCAUCAGACCACCACUCAGGAAGAUCAACAGGGAAACGAGGAGCAGACCAAGUCUCCCAAAAUAGCAAUGACCCCUGGUCUCAGUCAGGAGGAGUCCAAGAACAUCCUUAAUGAGCCGCUUCUCAUCGACACUCUGGAGUCCACAGAAGACAAAGAGAAAGAGAGAGAAGAUGGCAAAGAGAAGGAAAACAAAUCAGAGGAAGAUGAAGAGACAUCAGGGCAUGCCACAGGAGUGACAGGAGAACAGGAUAAUGUGGAGUCUCAGAGAGAGGGCAGUGUUGUGGGGAGAAAUGCCUGCCUCCUGUUCUCCAACAUGAAUGGGACACCAAAUGAUGAAGAGUCCAGCUGGCCUGCACUGUCUCAGGACAACACAGCUGACAGCUCUCCAAAUGGCAACAGAGAGUCCUUUUGGGAUUCCAGUGCUUUUGAGACAGACACUGACCUGCCUUCAGGAUGGAUGAGGGUGCGAGAUACAUCCGGCACAUACUACUGGCACAUCCCCACGGGUACCACACAGUGGGAGCCUCCUUCACCCCUGGGUAAAGUCGCCGACUCCAUGAUGUCCUCAACUAUGUCGCUGGAGACUACACCUUGUGAGGAGCAUGAGGAAUCCUGGGCUCAGCUUUCCAGCACAGAUGAAGGAGCUGGUGAGGGGGAACUGUGGAAGGAGGAGGUAGAGGUUACAUCUGAUCAAAGUCUGAAGGAGUUUGAAGGAGCAACUCUACGCUAUGCGUCCAUCAACCUGAAUUACAAUUGCUCUCAGUCUGAGGAAGAAGAGAAGCUUGCUCCACUCUGCACAGAUAUAGAAACUAAGUGUUUUGCUGUGCGUUCCCUCGGCUGGGUAGAGAUGUCUGAGGAGGACAUGGCACCCGGCAAGAGUAGUGUUGCUGUCAACAACUGCAUCAGACAGCUCUCUUAUCACAAACACAACCUGCACGACACUGCUGGUAUCUGGGGAGAGGGUAAGGACAUGCUGAUGGUCCUGGAGAAUGACACUAUGAACUUGAUCGACCCACUGGGCCAGACUCUGCUUCAUGCUCAGCCUAUAGGCAGCAUCCGUGUUUGGGGUGUUGGCAGAGACAACGGCAGGGAAAGGGAUUUUGCUUAUGUGGCUCGAGACAAUUUGACCCAAGUUCUGAAGUGUCAUGUUUUCCGCUGUGAUUCACCUGCUAAGAACAUAGCCACCAGCUUACACGAAAUGUGUUCAAAGAUAAUGAUGGAGAGGAAGGCAACCAAGCCAGGGGUGAGCAGCCUCAGCUCUGACCCGAGUAACCCUGUGGUCAUCCCCGUUGAAGAAUUUCCUGCUCCGAAAAAUGAACACUUCCAGCACUUCCAUGUUUAUUACCUUGGUUGUGAAGCUGUGGCUAAGCCAGUUGGUAUGGACAUUAUCAAUGAUGCGCUCGAGGUAGCAGUGAAUAGUAAAGAUAAAAGUGAUUGGACUCCAGUCUCUGUGAAUGUUGCACCAGCCACCCUCACAAUACUUUCAAAGCAGAACGAGGAGGUGCUGUCAGAGUGCAGGGUGCGCUUCCUGUCUUUCAUGGGUGUGGGAAAGGACGUCCACACCUUUGCUUAUAUCAUGGCGGAGGGUCCCCGAGAUUUCACCUGUCACAUGUUUUGGUGUGAACCCAACGCUGCCAGUCUGAGCGAGGCUGUACAGGCUGCUUGCAUGCUUCGCUAUCAGAAAUGUUUGGAUGCACGUCCGCCCAGCCUAGGCUCUUGCCUGCCUACUCCUCCCGCUGACUCUGUGGCUCGACGGGUCAAGAAGGGGGUGCAGAGUCUGCUGGGCAGCUUUAAGAGCUACAGGUCUGGCUCUCAAUCCCCUUGAGCUGCAGUGAAGAUGAUCCACAGUCCAUUAAACACAAGGUCCAUCACCACACCACCUUCUAAAUCUCACUUCUCCUCCUCUUAUCCUUCUACCACAGUUUCGCCUUACGACCGUUUCACUUGUCACUAGUCUAAUGUGUGGAAUAGUUUGUGAGGAAAAGCGUGUCUGAAAGAUUGCAUUUAUGUCCUUGUUUGGCCGUUACUUUAUACAAUAAUUUUAAACUCUUAUCUCUAAGCAGAUGAACCCCUGGCAUCUAUUUUUUUUGUUUGCUGGGAUUCUUUCUGUGAGUCUUAACUAUUUUUGUGUUUUAACAGAAACAAUGCUAUGAAUGUUGGAUAUGGAUGUAAUAUAUUUUACAUGCAGACGCUAGAAUUUGCUAAAUUCCCUCACAGAAAUGGUCUCGUUCCUCUUUUCCCCCUCGGUGCAAUUAUCAUCUUAAACGCUCCUCUUUUUCUACUUUUAAAGAAAGUACUGUAACGCAAUCGUCGUCAGUUGGGUUAGUGUUAAUAUUAAUUUCCUAAAACAUCAUUGCACCUCUCCUUCUGCCACCGUAGGUUGUAAUACAAGCGUCUCAGUAGUGUGCCACGUAGUUAUGUCUCCGACCCUCUGGAAAAAAAUGUAUUUUAGUCUUCCAAAGAACUGUAUGGUCGUCUGUCACAUAGUGAGCAACCACUGAUUUGAGUGUAGUGUGUUUCUCAUACAUCCUGCAUGAACGUUUGCAAGUUCAGUGCUAGUGUGCAAUAAUCAGAUGUUCCUGUGUGGUGUGGUGAUAAGAUGGCUGCAAUGUGACUAUUUUUUCACCUUUUAAUGAGAGCGUCUGUCCAGAUUGCGUGCGAGGCUAAUGGAACAACAGAGCCAUGUUGAAAAUCAUUAUCUUGUAAUAGAAAAAAUAGUAAUAAAAAAUAGAAACUCUGGGUUUUCACACAGCCAUUUACCACCAACAACUACUGAAUAGUACUGUAGAAACUUGCCACAAGCUGCAUGUUUUGAUAGCUUAGAGUUCUUGCUGCUUGCAGCAGUUUAGUGCUUAAGACCCAUCAAUGUAUCCUGUAAAUUCCUUCUCUGUGUUUCUGUAUGGUAAGAGGAGGCUGGAGUUGAUGUGUUGUUUCGUGUUUCAUUGGCAUGUCACUCUAGUUAGUGUCAGUGUAUCAUACGCUAGCAGUAGAGCAUUAGACUACCUGUCAGUUCCUUCAGACUGAAAAUAUGAGAGCAGGUUAAUGUUUGUGUAUAUGGGAAACCUAGAGAUGAUUUCUCCAGUGGUUUACAUUUUUAUUUUUUUCUUGCCCACAUUUUUGACGUGUGGGCUCCAGCCGCUCAAGUUAAUGUAUUUUGUAUCGUUAACACACACUACAAUUUACACUGGUUAAGAUGGUUUUCACAUUAGCUCGUGCGAUUUACUUUUUUAUAAAGAACACACUAAUUAGCCAAGUUGUAUUUUAUCUUUUAUGUGUCUGUCAGUGAUCAAUACUGUAUGUAGCACAAUAGUAAUAGUCAUCUCUAAUAUUAAAGAUGCAGUUUGUAAGAUCCUUUGGUAAUUUUAACCUCUGCAGGGCAUUUGUUUGGCCACGUUGUCUGAGACAUUGGUAGCUACUUACUAAGUAUCCUCAGGCUAAUUGACUCAGCUACAUAGGAAUAAAAAUAAGACUACAAAUAAAGACCAAACCACAUCAGAAUAUGUCAUCUUACAAACAUUAUUUUAGACAUUAAAUUACAACAAAAUAUUAUGAAAAGCAAUAUAUUGAUAAUGUAUUGCAUAACAAAUAGAACUUUGUAUUUAAAAUAAAAAAAUACAUCAAUGAAACAGUUAUUCCUUAAUGGAUAACAUUAUGCCCUCUAUAUCAUGCUGGUAUAAAAAAGUGAGGCUUUGUGUUAAAUGUUGAGUCUAACUGGUGCAUAAUUAUCCGUCUAAAAUAAAGUGGUUUUAAAUGAUUAACAACUUUAAGUCUCCUUUACCUGCUGUCAGCAUUGAAUUGUUCACAAAUUUUAACUUUCUAUUUGUUUUGUUUUACCAAAAAAUGUAUACUUGAUAUUGUUUCUACAUUGCAAAAAGUAGAAAUCAGAAGUGUCCUCAAAAAAAUGCUUAAAGAAAUUUGGUGCUUGUAAAAUGUAUAGCAACAAAAUAUAUAAUCCAUGUCUGAAACAUAUGGAUUGGGAAUGAGUCCAAAGUGAGUAUUGAGAAGGGUGACACGUUUUUUUUAAACAGACUGUCCAACUUUAAAGCUGUCAUGGAGUCUGUUCUGUUGUCUUACCUUAUUGAACAACCUUGUCACCCGAUUUUGAAAGCAAAGCAGUGCUUUGUGAUGACUGGCCUUUCUCAAACUUUCGUUCAUAGAUUCCUAUAGAUGGUUUUUAAUGUUUUAAGAAGUUAUCAAACAUUUAAAACUCUUACCAACUGCUUCUUUGUAUGUGUAAGAUAUAACACUAAUGAAAAGUAGACAACAUUAACGCGUAGUACUGCCUUGUCACUCAUGUGUCACAUGGAACUAUUUUGCUUUUCUUCCUCGAAUGUGUGCUGUGUCCAGUCAGCGGCAACACUAAAGCCAGAUGGGUUAAAGAACAUUAGCAGAUUAAUUUAUUUCUGUCCAUGUAAAUUAGGUGUAUAAAAUGUAUGUAUAUAAAAGUCACUGCACAAUAAAUGUGAACAUAUCAUAA